ACUGUGGGUGAGGUCCUGGUCCAUGAGAGGAUCAUGGUCUUUCAGCUCUGCCUGUGGAUGUUGCUCUUCCUCUCCCCAUGGUCCCCAACUGAACACACUAAAUACAGUAGCCCUCCAGAAGUAGUGAUACCCUUGAGGGUCACUGACACUAGGAGACAUGGUAGUUCUCCAGGCUGGUUGUCCUAUAGCCUGCGCUUUGGUGGAGAGAGACACAUUAUCACCAUGAAACCCACAAAAUACUUCAUAUCCAGAAACUUCCUACUGCUCACCUACACUGACAAAGAUGAUCUCCUUGCAGAGCAGCCUGAGGUGCAGAGUGACUGCUACUACCAUGGAGAUGUGGAUGGAGACCCAGAAUCCAUUGUUGCCCUUACAACCUGUUUGGGGAGUUUGCAAGGCAUACUAGAGAUAAAUGGCACAGCUUAUGAAAUCAUGCCCAAGAGCUCAACUUCCACAUUUGAACAUCUUGCUUACAAAAUGGAGAGUGAGGACUUAGAAUCAUUUUCUAUGAGAUGUGGAUUAACAGAAGAGGAAAUAGCACGACAAAUGAAGAUUGAAGAAAGCAAAGACUCCACACUUAUGCAAAGCCACUAUGAGGGAUGGUGGACCCACCACAAGUAUAUUGAAUAUUUUGUGGUGAUAGAUAAUAAACGAUAUGUUUAUAGAAACAAUAAUGCCACAGCUUGUAUUAAUGAUAUUUUGCAAAUAGUCAAUGGAAUAAAUAGUUAUUAUGUUCAAAUAGAUAUUGACGUGAUUUUAACUACACUUCAAGUGUGGAGUAAACAAAAUCAUGUCAAUGUGGAAGGAGAUAUAGGUAGUGUCCUAACUAAUUUCUGCAAAUGGAAGCAAACUAACAUUGGCAAUCAAAUUAGACAUGAUAUCAUACAUCUUUUUCCCAGGCAAGGCUAUGGUAUGUAUUUAGGGCUAGCUUAUGUAGGUGCAGUUUGUACACCUAAUAAUUGUGCUGUUAACAGCUUCAUGUCUGAUUCAAUGAUAGAUAUGGCAUUCAUUAUAGCACAUGAGAUGGGUCACAAUUUGGGUAUGCUUCAUGACAGUAAUCAAUGUACUUGUGGGAGAAGUAGUUGCAUAAUGGCCCCAGCAAAAUCUAAUUCCCACAGAUUCAGCAACUGCAGUUAUGAGGAGCUCUAUAGAACUAUUACCAGAAGAACCUGUUUAUACAAUUUUCCAGAUGAAGCAGUCAGCAUCAGCACAAACCUGACCUGGUGUGGGAAUAAUAUAGUGGAGGAAGGAGAGCAGUGUGACUGUGGGUCUUAUAAGUCAUGUCAAAGAGAUCCAUGCUGUAGCCAAGACUGCAUGUUCAAACCUGGUGCUAAAUGUGCUUUUGGACUUUGUUGCAAAGAUUGCAAGUUGAUCCCCACAGGCACAGUGUGUAGAAGUGUGAACAAUGAGUGUGACCUUCCAGAGUGGUGCAAUGGAACUUCACCUGAGUGUCCAGAAGAUGUGUACAUGGAGGAUGGACAUCUCUGCGGUGGUAGUAGUUAUUGCUAUAAAAGGGCAUGUCAUAAACAUGAGGAACAUUGUCAGAAAAUUUUUGGCAAGGGAGCCAGGAGUGCCAGUGAGACUUGCUACAUGGAAAUGAACAAACGGGGUGACCGUUUUGGUAACUGUGGUAACAAUAGCUAUAACUACAUACAAUGCAACAGCAUGGACGUACUCUGUGGACGAAUUCAGUGUGAAAAUGUAAUAGAGCUUCCCCAUAGGGAAAAACAUGAAACAGUCCAUUGGACUCACUUCAACAAUGUCACCUGCUGGACUGUCGACUACCAUUUUGGAAUAACCAUAACUGAUAUUGGGGCAGUGAGAGAUGGCACUCCUUGUGGUCUAGACCACAUAUGCAUUGACAGGAAGUGUGUCCCUAAGCUUGUUUUGUUAAGUAAUUGUUCGGCAGCCCAAUGCAAUAUGAAAGGAGUCUGUAACAAUAAACAUCACUGCCACUGUGAUGUCAAAUGGAAGCCACCAGGUUGUAAUGUAAGUGGCUUUGGAGGUAGUAUAGACAGUGGACCACCUCCAGAAAGACUAACAAAUUCCAAUUGGGUUAAAUAUUUGAUAGCUUUUGUAAUUCUUUUUGUGGUUUUGAUAUUUUCCUUAAGAUACCUAAUGAAGAGGUUUCAAUAUUCCUUAAACUAA